GGCAGGAAGCGGGGCCCUGCAGCUGCUGUAGAUCGCGUCCCGGAGCCUGAGGGCCGCCGAUCCGAGGUGUUUCUGGCUGUUGCAGAGGAUGGAGAACAUAGUGUCUGAUCUGUGUGGUACUAGCCCAGAAGAUCCCCUUCCUGUCUGGAUACAUGGCAAUGUUGGCCAUUGCUUUAACCAGCUGACUUUGAAUGCUGUUCCUCACGUGAUGCUUGCAUUAGUCAGUGCAUGCUAUGUGGGCACACCAAGAUCUCCUGGUCCUGGGGCUCAUCACAGACCUGGCUGGAAAUGCAGAAUUGCUGCCUCCUUCAUACUUGCUGGCCUGCCCAUCCUUGACAUAAUCCCAGCAGUCAUGUCUCAGCAGCAGCUGGGCCCUUUGUACCUGGAAGUGCUGGCAAGUGGCAUUGCCUUGCUGGCAUGGCUCACUCACAGCUUGACACUUCUCAUGCUUUACAGGUCCGUUUAUGGCUUCUCCCGUGGCCCUGCAGCCAUGGCACUCCUCACCCUCUUACCCAUCCCUGGCUUUGUCAUCACACUGGUUUGGCACUGCCAGCAUGAGAUGGUCUGGUUCCAUGACCAUCCUGCUCUCAUUUUUAGACUUUCCAUCCUCUUCCUACAGCUGGCCUCCCUGCUUAUUUAUAUGAUUGGGUACAUCACUCCUGUUGCCAGCAGGCAAGAAUUUUGUUCCAUCAAUGACCUCUGGCAGCAUGACCCUCCCUUCUCAGAGUCAGGGAUCCUGGCACCUGACUGGCAGGGAGUGGCAGAGGAUGGCGAGAGCUGGCUCUCACGCUUCUUCUAUACUUGGACAAAUCCUCUUAUGCAGCGCGGCUAUCAGUGGAAGCUGAAUCGGCCACAAGAUGUCUACCUUCUACCUCGACGACUCCAGGCUGCCAGGGUCCGUGACCAUUUCUACUCCUGCUGGCAGGAAAAAGCAGCUCUCAGGCAAGAGGAGGAAGAGAUAGUAUCUCCCAGUAGCCCAAUGGUUUCUAAAGGUGACGGGAGGGGAGAUUCCCUCCAUGCUCCUGGAAGCUCACACAGCACUCAGAAGGCUGUGAGACUCCUCUCAGUGCUGCAUGCAGCCUUUGGGCUCCGAUAUUACUCCCUCGGGCUCCUGAAGCUGGCUGGCAGCCUGUUGGGUUUCUCAGGUCCUUUGCUCUUGAACCUGCUGGUUAACUUCAUGGAGUCACGCCAGGAGCCCCUGAGCCAUGGGGUACUGUAUGCCGUGGGUCUCUUUGUUGGCUCCUUUCUGGGUGCUCUUUUACGGAACCAGUUCAGCUAUGAGGUGAACAAGGUGAUGUUGAUGGUGCGCACAGCAGUCAUCUCUGCCAUAUACCGCAAAGCCCUCCGGGUCAGCAGCACCAGCCUGGCUAGAUUCACUAUGGGGGAGAUCGUCAACUUCAUGAGCACAGACACCGAUCGGCUCAUCAACUUCUGCAUCAGUUUCCAUGAGGUGUGGAGCCUCCCCUUCCAGUUUGCCAUCACUCUCUACCUCCUCUACCAGCAGGUGGGCGUGGCUUUCCUGGGAGGCCUGGCCCUGGCCCUGCUGCUCGUGCCCAUCAACAAGGUCAUAGCAAACCGCAUCAUGGAGAACAACAAAGAGAUGCUGAUGCACAAAGACACACGAGUCAAGCUGAUGACAGAGUUCCUGUGUGGCAUGCGAGUGAUCAAGUUCUACACUUGGGAGCGGCAUUUUGGUGCCCGUGUGAACUUUUGCCGGGCCAAGGAGCUACAGAAGCUGCGAGCUAUCAAGUACCUGGAUGCUGUGUGUGUGUACCUGUGGGCUGCACUCCCAGUGGUUGUCUCCAUUGUCAUCUUCAUCACCUAUGUUCUGCUCGGGCACCAGCUCACUGCCACCAAGGUGUUCACAGCCUUAGCACUUGUCGGGAUGCUUAUUCUCCCCCUCAACAACUUCCCAUGGGUGCUGAAUGGAAUCUUGGAAGCCAAAGUAUCCCUGGAUCGAAUCCAGCGCUUCUUGGAGCUCUCGGACCAGGACUUGGAGGCCUAUUACUCACUGGAUGGUCCCUCAUCCCCAUCCUCUGCACUGGAAAUGCAAGACUCUACCUUCUCCUGGUUGUCAGCUAGGGAGGAGCGUGCUGGGCAGCACCCAUCCAGAGGGACUCUGCAACUCUUUGUUCAGGACCUGGCAGUGAGAAAGGGGGAGCUGGUUGGGGUUGUUGGAAAGGUCGGCUGUGGAAAGAGCUCUCUGCUGGCAGCAAUUACUGGAGAACUCAUCAAGCUGGGUGGACACGUGUAUGUCUGGAAUCUAGAGCAAGGGUUUGGCCUGGCCACGCAGGAGCCCUGGAUUCAGUUUUGCACUGUCCGUGAGAACAUCCUCUUUGGGAAGGAGUACAACGCCAGGCACUACCAGGAGGUGCUAGAGGCCUGUGCACUUUCCGAUGACCUGAAUAUCUUACCAGCAGGAGACCAGACAGAGGUGGGCGAGAAUGGUGUGACCCUCAGUGGGGGACAGAAGGCUCGUAUUGCCCUGGCUAGAGCUGUUUACCAGGGGAAGGAAAUCUAUCUCCUUGAUGAUCCACUGGCAGCGGUUGAUGCCGACGUAGCCAAUCACCUUAUGCAGAAAUGCAUUCUGGGGAUUCUCAAGCACAAAACCAGGAUCCUUUGCACCCAUCGGACCGAGUUUUUGGAGAAGGCUGACACCUUAUUGCUGAUGGAGCAUGGCAGAAUAGCCAAGAUAGGAACCCCAUCUGAGAUCCUGCCCCUGGUAGAAGCCAUCCCCAAGCUCCAGCAGAAGGACAAGAGGAAACAGGAUAAAGCCCCGACUCAACACGGACAGCAGGAUGAUUUGGAAGCAGAGGUGGAGGAACCAGACCAAGCCACCUGCCUCCUCCAGCGUGAGGAGGAGAAGAAAGAAGGGGCGGUGGCUUUCCAGGUCUACAGAGCCUAUUGGCUGGCAGUGGGAAGCUGCCUGGCAUUGUCCAUCCUCUUCUCCCUGUUCCUGAUGCAAGCCUCCAGGAAUGUUUCCGAUUGGUGGCUGUCGCAUUGGAUCUCCAACCUGCCCCCCACAGCGAACACCUCUAUGAGGGUCCUGUCAGCUCCUCUGCCUUCUCCGCAGCUGUUGCAUUUCUCUGCUGUGGGGCUUGUCUUCCCUGUCCCGAUGUUGGAUGCAGCUCCAGUCCUCCACAACAACACAUUGAAUGUGAACUUCUACCUAAGUGUGUAUGGGGGCAUUGCUGGGGCCAACUCCCUCUUCACUAUCCUGCGAGCCUUCCUCUUUGCCUAUGGCACCAUCCGCACUGCUACCAUCAUUCACAGCCGUUUGCUGCAGAGGGUGACAAAGGCCACGAUGACAUUCUUUGACACCACGCCAACAGGCCGAAUCCUGAACCGGUUCUCUUCAGAUCUGUACUGCAUAGAUGACAGCUUGCCCUUCAUCCUCAACAUCUUUCUGGCCAAUGUCUAUGGGCUGCUGGGCAUGCUGGUGAUGAUCACCUAUGGGCUGCCCUGGAUUGGCCUUGUCCUGUUGCCAUUGACUGCCCUCUACUUCUCCAUCCAACGCUAUUACCGGCGUACCUCCCGCGAGCUCAAGCGCCUCUAUAGCCUCACCCUGUCCCCCAUCUACACGCACUUCUCAGAGACCCUGACAGGCCUGAGUACCAUCAGAGCCAUGCGGGCCACUGACAGGUUUGAGGCAGAGAAUCAGCUGCGACUGGAGCAGAACCAGCGGUGUUUCUUUGCCAGCAACACCGCGAUGCAGUGGCUGGACAUCCGCUUGCAGAUGAUUGGAGUUGUUGUAGUUACAGCAAUAGCAGUUAUUGCCAUCAUUGAACACCAAAGACACUUGGAAAAUCCAGGACUUGUGGGCCUGGCCCUCUCAUAUGCACUGUCUGUCACAAACCUGCUCUCAGGCCUCAUCUCCAGCUUCACUCAAACAGAGACCAUGAUGGUGAGUGUAGAGCGAACAGAGGAGUACACCACAGAAAUCCCCAUGGAGCCCCAGGAGCACUUGGUCCAGGUGCCCCCUGACUGGCCAAGCCAGGGCCAUGUGGAGUUCCAGCAGGUGGUUCUGGAAUAUCGGCCAGGGCUGCCUCAUGCCCUGGAUGGGGUGACCUUCACUGUCUAUUCUGGAGAGAAGGUGGGGAUUGUGGGGCGCACAGGAUCUGGCAAAUCUACCCUUUUCUUGGCACUUUUCCGCAUGUUGGAGCUGAAGUCGGGGCAGAUCCUCUUGGACAAUGUUGACAGCCGAUUGGUGGGCCUGGAGGAGCUGAGGUCUAAACUGGCCAUAAUUCCUCAGGACCCAUUUCUGUUCAGCGGAACAAUCCGGGAGAACCUGGACCCCCUGGGGCGACAUGCAGACUCAGAUCUGUACCAGGUGCUGGAGCAGUGCCACUUACAGGAGGUGAUUGUACAGAUGGGUGGAUUGGACUGUGAGCUGGGGGAGAGAGGAAAGAGCCUGUCAGUGGGACAGAGGCAGCUUGUGUGUCUGGCAAGAGCCCUCCUGACCCAGGCCAAGGUACUGUGCAUUGAUGAGGCCACAGCCAGUGUGGACCAGAAGACAGAUCAACUUCUACAGCAAACCAUCCGCCAGCGCUUCACUGACAAGACUGUGCUCACAAUUGCUCACAGGCUGAACACCAUCUUGGACUCAGACCGUGUUCUGGUGAUGCAUGCUGGGAAGGUGGCAGAGCUGGAUUCACCUGAUGUCCUCAGCAAGAGGGAGGACUCCUUAUUCCAGCGACUUCUACACAGUGGGCAGCAGUGAUUUCCCCACAGAGUCUGAGACCAGGAACCACCCUCCCUAGCUGCCCUCUUGUCCCUCUGCAUGCCAGCACCAUGGCUGGCAUGCUUCCCUAGCCCAGCACGCUGAUGGGAGCAGCCGUCCACAUCCUACAGGCCCAAAAGCUUCUGUGGGAUGCUGCUGUUUCAUCAAGAACUAGGAAGGGUGGGGCCUGCUCAUAGUGGAGCUUGUUUCAGGCCAGGAAGGCAGGGAACCAUCUCCUAGUCCCUGAUGGAGUUGGGCAAGGACUUGCUGGGUUAGGAGUCACAGGGGGGGAGCCAUGCUCCUGGCCCAAGGGUGCCCCCUCUUUGUAGUGGUGAUGGUGUCUCCGGAGCUGUCCCUGCCGAGGACUCAAAUAAAGUGAUUUUAAAAUGUAAA